UGUUAACCCCUAGACCAUAAAGCUCAAAACCUCACUUUGCCAACUCUGUAAGAAAAACCCUCCACCGCUGUUCUUCACCUAAAGAACAGCAAACAAUGAGGCCACCAAGGGGCGGCGGGUUCAGGGGAGGUAGGGAUGGCGGGUUCAGGGGAGGUAGAGAUGGCGGGUUCAGGGGAGGUAGAGACGGCGGGUUCAGGGGUGGACGUGGCGGUCCUGGCCGUGGUGGACGUGGCGGCGGGUUUCGUGAUGAAGGCCCUCCUUCUGAAGUAGUAGAGGUUUCAUCCUUUCUUCAUGCAUGUGAAGGAGAUGCAGUGACAAAACUAACCAAUGAGAAAAUUCCAUACUUCAAUGCUCCGAUCUUUUUGCAGAAUAAGACCCAGAUAGGGAAAGUUGAUGAAAUCUUCGGUCCCAUUAAUGAAUCUUAUUUUUCUAUCAAAAUGAUGGAAGGAAUUGUGGCAACUUCGUAUGCUCCAGGGGAUAAGUUUUAUAUUGACCCGAGUAAACUCUUGCCUCUUGCAAGAUUUCUUCCACAACCAAAGGGACAAGCACAAGGUGGCAGAGGUGGUGGUCGUGGAGGAAGAGGCCGAGGUGGUUUUGGUGGUGGCAGAGGUGAUUUCCGUGGGAGAGGCAGAGGCAGAGGCCCACCAAGAGGUGGUGGCCGUGGUCGUGGUGGUGGCUUUAGGGGAAGAGGGAGGGGAUAAAACAACUUUCUGUAAUAUUUCCAGUGCGCUUGCCCUUUUAAGUUUUAAUUUCAAGAUGCAAUGGGCAAACAACAAUCAACAUUUGGAUUCUGACUUGAAGAGAUUUGGUUUUCUGCAGUAGUUGUUGCAAUGUAAUUUUAUUUUAAAUUCCAUGAAUUGCUGAUAUCUUUCAGAAUCCGGUCAGAGCUUUCAUUCAGAAAAUGGGAGGAUCACGGUGCCUGUAGAGAUUAUAUAGUGCUUUCAGGGGUUCUACCCUCUGUAAUUCA